UUUCCGAUCUCGGAGAGCUCGAGGAGACGAUCAACAAUGGGGGUUUGGUGGAGUAAGCGAAACCACGAGGGAAGCGACGACGAUGAGGUGGGGGCGGGGACGGGGGAGGAGGAGGAUGAUGCGGUUGACACGGAGGCCCAAAUCUCGUACCAGCUUGUCCAAACGGAGAUCGCGCUGAGGAGGACGGCGCCGCGUGGCUCGCUCAGGGUCGUCCUCUCCGGGGAAAAGAGACCGCUGCUGGCUGGCAGUUUGAUUGCUCAGGAUAAUCCCGAGCUUCUGGAGGAGUUCUAUUCCGUCAGAGAAACACGCAAACAUAGAGACUGCUUUUAUCGGAGCUUUGUGUUCUCAUACAUGGAACACAUUUUUGAAACACAAGAUAGGCGCGAGGUUGAUCGUAUGCUUGCAAUUCUUAGAAAAUAUGCAAAAAGAAACACAGUUCUAGCAGGAAAUGUUCUGCACUUCCGCGAUUUCUUUGAAGAUUUCCGCAUAUUGCUAUCAACUUAUUCAAAAGGGAAGAGAAGUGCGGAAAGACGACAGAAUCUUUUAGCGAAAUUCCAAUGCGAAGGUUCUGCAGUGACGAUUGUUCUCUUAAUCAGGCUGAUCACUGCUAUCGAGGUUCACAUGUGGAGAACCGCUUAUCCGGAAGUUGUUCUAGGCGAAAAAUACAGUAACUUAGUAGAGUUUUGCACAGGCGAAGUUCUCCCAAUUGGAAACAAGCACGUGCACGCCGCAGUUCUCUCUGAAGCACUGGGCGUGCCCAUAAGAGUUGUGGAUCUUACUCCUGCUCCUCCAAGUUCUUCAGAGAGGAGCACAGAAGACAUCCCCUACUAUACUGCUGCUAACACUGGCAGCGGUAGUGCGUCUAGCCCUACUGCCACUAGGAAGAGAGCAAUGGCCCGAUUCGAGAUCACCCUGCUGUAUAAGCCCGACAACUGCUACGAUAUCCUCUAUCCCUUUCCAGAAGUCACCUGCUGCGGCUAUCCUAUUCCAGAUGAAUUGAUCAGCUACUGGGGCCUGGAUCGUUGAACCCUUUUUCUCCUGUUCAAGUUGAGGAUAUUGUAUACUCCGGGAGAGACGUACAGGUGAGAUAGAGAAUGGCCGAAGAUUGUUUAGCUGAUAAUGCAGGCUCUGCUUUGUAAAGAGAUUGUCGUCACGGAGGUACGAGAUACAUACACCGACUAAUCGUAGUUCGAACUUGAAUGGAAGUGGAAGCAUGCAAACUGUCAAUUCACUUUUCAACUCCCUCUCUCUCUCUCUCUUUCUCUAUGCAUGCAAUGUUUAGUCCUGCAUCUACUUGUUCAGUGAACUGGUUUUGAAGAACAAGUUUUUCGCCGAACAAUACAAAAUCAUCUGAAUUGCCGAAUUAGUGAAAAA